GCCAUAAAAAGAAAGAUGGCGACAUUCUGUCGUGGUAGUGCAAAUCGCAGUGGAUUAUAUUUGAUUGUCUGAAAAAAUAAGAAUUGGUGCGUGUUUUCAACGACUCUGAUGACUGAAAUCUAUUAGAAACAAAUCAACAAUGAGUGGACGUCAUCGGGAUUACGACAAAGGGUCGUCUCGAUCCACGCGCGAUGAUUCUAGGCAGUACAAGGAAAGGCGCGAUGGCCGGGACAGGGCUGAACGUAGACGUUCGAGGUCGCGCUCCCCGCGGCGUUGGUCUCCAGCGCGCAAUAGUGCUAGCGAUGACGGCUACUCACCCAGCAGAUCUUCCAGCAGCAGAGAUAGAGACAGGAGGAGCUACGAUGAGAGGAGUCAUAAACAUGAUCAAGAUUGGGAUGAACCAGAGGAUGUGCCGGCACCUCCCCCACCUCCUAGAAUCACCAAAAUAUCAAUUGGCUUCAACAAACCAAAAGCUCCUAUCAAAAUGAACAUUGGUGGUCCGGCUAAGCCAGUUGCCAAGCCUACCAUAGCAUCGGUAUUUAAUGCUGAUGAUGAUGAUGAGCCCGAAGAAAUGCCUGCAGAGGCACGCAUGAGGAUGAGGAAUAUUGGCAGGGAAACACCAACAUCAGCAGGACCAAAUUCAUUUGGCAAAACAAAGCAAGGUUUCUGUGAUGCCAAGAAAGUUUUUGAGAAGAACUUGAAGCAAGCACUUGAAAUGGCAGAUAAGCCAGCCAUGCCUAAAUUGCCACAGACUAUAUACAAGCUAGCAGGCCCUUGAUGUUGAUAUAUCGAGGCAUUUGACUGCUUACAAGUUACUGUAGACAGCUUCCAGAGUGUAACACAGUCAGUUAGCUGACCAAAUAAGUGAUAGUCAGGAUAUGCAAUGUGAACGGAUUUGAAAAUGAGGAAAAUUUCAUUGAAAGUUGCUGGUGCAUACAGGUGACACAAUAAUGGCCAAGUGAGGGAUGGAGCUGUCUCAAGUAACUUGUUUGCUAGAGCCCUAAAUCAUUUGCUUAGUCUUUAGUUUAGUGACAAUUUUUCCAAUUGUCUGUCAACUUACCUGAGAACAGUUUUAGAAAUAUUUCUGAAGUGAGGAAAUUGAAAGGUUUGGUAUGGUUUACUAGUAGGUUUUUAAUACUACAAUGUAAUUGGUUUUUAUUGUGGAUUUCCUCAAGUUGUUUGCAAUAAGUAGCCUGUCCUUUAGUUAGUAGCAACAUACUAAAAUAGUGUGUGUAGGAGACAGUAACCAUGCACAUAAUAGACUGUCUUGCUGUUGGAAUUGAUUUAGCAAUUUAAGGCCACAAGCACAUGACUGGUGCCAUAAAUGCUUGGCCUGAGCACUUCAGUUGGGUUACAUGUUUUUUUAAGGUAUAACAUAAUAUUUCAGUCUUCUGAAAACUAUCAUAAUGACAUGCACAAAAUAUUCAACUACAAUGGAAACAAACUGGACUUUAUGGAAGGAAAUGUAUUUAGCUGUGAAAGUUGUGUGGCAUCACUAGGCUACCAACCGUCUCAAGUUAUGUUUGAGAUACUAUUGUACCAAAAUUCCUUGAAGUGAUGAAUUUAAUAAUGUGCUACUUUAUUUCCUUAUAAAUAUAAAAUAAUAUAUUUUAUUUAGAUACCUAUUAGGACAUUACAUUCAUGGAAUGUUUCAUGUUUUCAGUCAUGUUACAAGAUUAGCUAUCUUGUAACAUUUUUAUUAUAAUACAUAGUAACUAUGAAGAUUUUCAUUUUCAAUAAUACUUCCAUUAAUAAUAGUGUAUGAGAUUAUUUGUUUUUCUGAUAAUAUAAUCAAUAAGGUAUAGAAUUGCUCAUCAUAAAAUUAUCAGCUUCUUUAUUUCUUAGUGACAGUGUAACUUUUACUGAAAAAUAAUUUUCAAUAACAUUUAUGUAUUGUACUUAUAAACAAAUAAAUGGAUAAAUUUUACUGCAA